UUGAAGCAUUCUCCUCGCUGAUUGGUCAAAAGUCUUUGCGGGAAAACGAAGCAUUUUCAUUGGUCACGAUGACCAGUUUGAAAAAUUUAAGCAAGACCGUAGGUGAAAGGCCAAAAGGUCGAAGGGAAUAAGGAAUAAUUUACCCGUAUUUACAAACAAGAUGCACGCUCUUGUGGAAUGGAUAGACGAAGAGAAAGUAAGCACCAUCAGUCUGACUCGAAUUAAAGAACCGAGGAAAGAUUUUAGCGGCUACAACGUGGGUGAAACGGUGAAAGCUAGCUGCCAUGGCUUUCCAGGAAUCCAUAGUGCACGGAUUUUGAUGAUCAAAGAAUCAUCAACAGAGGGAAAGAAAGCAUUGGAGAAAAUGGCAGAGGAAUACAUUGCAGAGAAAAAUGAAAAACAGAAGGAAAAAAGUGUGGAAGACGUGAAUGUCCAAGAUCUGAAUAACAAUGUUGCAGUUCCCAUCGACAAACCUGUUGCCAAAAGAGGAAGAAAGAGCCAAGUAAAAAAGGAUGACCAUCAAAAGAAAUCAAAGACAUCUGACAACAAAGAAAACAAAGCAGAACAACAGAAGAAGAGGGAAGCCAGUGUGAAGAAGAGAGACGAGAACCUCAGAAAAAAUGCAGAGUUUCUACAAUCUUUGAAUGUUUUCAAAGAGCAGAGUCUUGGAGCUUGUAUGCCAUCAUCUACUCAGGAAGGUCAGUAUCAUCCACCAUCCACCCAGGCAUCCACAUUUUACCCCCACAUCAAUCAUGGAACUACAUUCCAUCCCUCACCAAACCAGGGAACCUAUCCCCAAGCCGACCAGGGAGGUCCAUCAUAUACCCAAGUCACCCAACAAGGCAUGUUUCAUCCCCAAGUCACAUAUGGAGCAAUUUAUCCCUCUUCAUCCCAGGUUGCUCCAUACCACCACCCAGCUUCCCAGGGGGCUCCAUGCCAUCCCCCAUCUUCCCAGGAGGCUCCAUGCCACCUACCAGCUUCCCAGGGGGCUCCAUACCACCAACCAACUAGCCAGGUGUCCCAGUCCUAUCCCCAUUCUACCGAGGGACCAAUGGUUCAUCCCCAAGUCACCAUGGGAUCAUCAUCCUAUUCCUUUCCCAUCCAGGGAGCAUCAACCCAGCCUACAGACCCUCAGCUGGUUCCAUUCCACCCCAGUGUCACCCAUGGAGAAAAACACCAUCACCCAGACACACAAGGAUCAACAUUUCAUCCCCAGGCAGCUCAGACAUUCACUUCCCAACCCCUCCCUCCUAGCCAAGGAGCCGCAUUUCAACAUGCUUCCACUUAUGGGUCCACACCAAAUCCUCCAGCCACCAAAGGCAACAGCUCCAAUCCCAAGACUGCACCCACAAAUACCCCAGCUACCCAGAAAGCCAAAUCCCACUCCAGUAAAACCCAGGGUGACCCAUCACAUACCCCCACCCAGCAGGGAUCAACUCCCAAUACCUCAUCUAGUCUUCUCAAUGCCACCUUUUGCAUUAAAGAGGUAUUGAAUUGCAAACAGCCUUAUAAAUAGACCAUUUAUUAAAAAUGUGUUAGAUAUACAAUCAGAGAUAUCAAGGGUUAAUAUUCUAAAUGAGAAUACAUCUUCCAGGAAAACAUGAAAUUGAUGAUGUGAUUUACUCAUGAUGUUUUAA